CUCAUGAGUCAUUAGUACAUACUUGUAGUAAUCCAUGGACGGUUGUAAUCAAAUUAGCUGAUUAAAAAUUCGUCAUGUUUACGGUUUAUAUUAUUAAUUGAACCUGAUCUUAGUGCUUCGGGAAUCGUGAAUAUAUCAAACAAUAUAAUCUUCUCUUUGAGGCUACAGACAUUGCUGCUUAAAAAUGAAUGAUUCGCUGCAAAAACCUUCAAGAACUUAUAAAAGAUAUUUGCAGCGUGAUUCUAAUGAGCCAAUUCCGUCAACAACAUGGUACAGAUUACGCAAAAAGAGAAAAUUAAAUAUUUCAUUAAAUAGUACCAUGGCCGGAUGCAGUUAUGAGAGUACGAUUGACAAUAAGCACGAGGAACACAAUAUACAAGAAAACAGAGAUAUCCCUGAAGGUGAAACUAAUUUCGAAAUUGACGAAGAACUGAACAGUUCUAUAAAUGAAGGGAUUGAUCAUCAUAUAAUUGACACGAUUGAGGAAAUUGACAUCGAUACUGAUGGCAAUUUGCCUCAGAUACUUUAUGAUGCUGUUGACAAUUUAAUGGAAGACAUUGAAACAAGUGAAAUGGCUGGAACUCAACAUGAAGAGAAUGAAAAUGAAGAGGAUGAUUUCUUUUUUGACGCGAUCGGAGACACAAAUGACUGUAACGAAAGUGAUGCAGCAGAAGAAGAAGAAGAAGAGAUAUUAGGAAAAAAAUCAUUUGCUUCAUUAACAGAUUUAAUGGGAAAUAAAAUUUUUGAUAGACCUAUUCAAACCGUAGUGAACAAAAGUGUGGCAGAAGUAAUAAUAAUGAUUGUAAAAUAUUGCUUGAUAUAUUCACUUUCACUGUCAGGAAUGACAGAUUUAUUCAAACUAAUUAAUUGUAUUUUUGCUGAACCGAUUCUACCUAAUACAAGGUAUUACAUUGAUAAACUUUUUUAUCCAAAAGAUCGUGUAACUUUGCAUGCAACUUGUAACGAAUGCGGUGCAUAUAUAGGAAAAUUUAAAAAGCAUUAUCGUACUCUGAAAUGCAAAGUAUGCAAAUUGAAAAUAAAUGUAAAAAGUUAUGUUUACAAAGAUUUUUUUGUAACAAUGGAUGUCUCGAUGCCUAUUGCGAAAUUAAUUGAAACAAACUAUGAAUAUUACAAGUAUGUUAUUAAUGAACGAAAUAACGAAAAGGAUGUUGUAAAGGACAUUUAUGAUGGAAAAGAAUACCGAAAUUUUGUAAACAGUUUAAGUGAAACGGAUAAACGCGGUUACGCCACAGUGACUUUUAAUACUGAUGGCGCUCCACUUUUUAAAAGUUCAACGUAUUCCAUUUGGCCCGUUUAUUUAAUGGUGAAAGAACUACCCUUUAGUGUCAGAAGUAAAGAGUUAAUAUUGGCAGCUCUUUGGUUUGGGAAAGACAAGCCUAAUAUGAAUGUCUUUCUUGACCCAUUUGUUAAUUCUAUGAACAAACUUUCAGUUUUAGGAGUUCCAUGCAACUUAAAUAAUUCAAUAUCUAGAAUUAAAAUUUUUCCCCUUGUAUGCAGUGUAGAUUGUGUAGCCAGGGCACCUGUUCAGGGAUUCAACCAAUUUAAUGGGAAGUACGGAUGCGGACUUUGUCUUCAUCCAGGUGUUUGGGUGAAAAAUAAAAAAAAUUCACGAUAUGGGAAUAUAAAAUAUGCAUUGAUGGAUAAUGUACCUGAACCAAGGAAUGCUAAAAGUACUUUAAGCCAUAUGAAAGAAGCAGUUGAAAAAGGAAAGCCUAAGUUUGGUGUAAAAAACUCUUCUAGUUUAAUAAAUUUAUUGAAAUUCGAUAUUAUUAAAGGUUGCGUUCCUGAACCCAUGCACUGUAUUUCUGGAGUAGCAAAGCAAUUUGCUACUCUCUGGUUUGGUACUAAACAAAAAGCUGGAUUAUUUAAAAAGUGCAUCAUUAACGAUAUUGAUACGUUCAUGCGCAAUAUAAAAGUAACAAAUCAGAUUUGUAGAUUAACUAGAUUGCUUUCUGAAAAAGAAUUUUGGAAAGCAAAAGAGUGGGAGAAUUGGGUGCUUUAUUUCAGCUUGCCAAUAUUAACUACAGUUCUACCUUCUGAAAAUAAAAAAUAUGCUGAACAUUGGUCCCUUUUUGUAGAAGCUUUGCAUUUAUUAUUAAAAGAUGAUAUUAAGAUAUGGGAAAUUGAUUUAGCUGAUAAAUUACUUCAUGAAUUUGUUGCUGGCAUAGAAAAGAUAUAUUCAGCAGCAAGUAUGACUUUUAACGUCCAUUUACUUUUACACUUAGCAAAAACAGUUUAUUAUUGGGGACCUUUAUGGGCCUUCAGUGCUUUUGCCUUUGAAUCUGGAAAUGGCAAACUAUUAAAAGUUAUACAUGCUUCUAAGGGUGUUCAUCAUCAAAUAUGCAGGAGGAUAAGCUUGCAAUAUUGUCAUUUAUCACUGAAGGAUCGCAUUUAUCCAAUCGCAUCUCAAAGGAUAAUAACUUAUUGUACCUCCUACCUUGUUCAAAAAUCACUUAAACUGUUUGAAGUAAGAUAUUUUGGUCCUUCUUCAACGGUCGACGAUAAUUGGAUCAACCUUUUACAAUUAAUUUCGCAAAAGGCAUCAUCGUACAAAAAAAUUAUAAAAAAUGGUUGUUUAUACCAAUCUUCUUUAAAAAACAACCAUCGUUCAAACAACAGUUUUGCACAGCUUCUCAAUGGGCAAUAUUUCAAAAUAAAUAAAUUUAUCAUUGACACAGGUUCAAAAAAAGAGUACACAAUUGGACAAAAAAUUAUAGUAGAAGAUGCUUUUAUUGAAACGUGUAAAGUAAUAAAAAAAAUUACUAAAAUUGAGACUUGGGAGACAGCGAUUUUAACGAAAAAUAUUAAUAAAGUUUGCGUACAGAUUAAAUUGAAUGACAAUGAAUACCUUUGUGUGGUUCCAAAUUUGCAUUUUUAUUAAUUUGGACUUAAAUUAAAAAAAAAGGGAAAUAAAUUAAUGUUUUAAAUAAUUAAAUAAUACUGACCAAACAAAAUAUUAUUUUUUGUAAAAAUUAUGCCACACAUAAUUAGGUUGACAUCUUUUAAUUAAUAACAAACGAUAAUGUAAUCUAUUUUACUUAAUUGUACGUAAUUUGGAAUGUCUUCGAAAAUAGUUAAAUGACGAAAAAAAAAUAAUAAUAAAAAUGUAUAUAUUUCUGUAAAUUAUAAAGACUGUGUAAUUUUUUGUUUUAGUUAAAAGUCUAGCUAAUUUAUAUAUCUUGUAAUAUUUAAAAAAAAUUGACCGAAAAUUGUUAAAAUUCAUUAUAUAAAUCUCCUUUAUAAAU